AUGCCUGCCAAAGUCAAAAAUAUUCCCCUUACUUUGAAUGCAUUAUACUUCAGAUAUCUUCUCGCAAGCAGACCACUGAAGCCCGGUGAAGGGAGAGUUUGCAGGCUUGAAAAGGAGGAAUCGUACUCAAAUAAUACACGCUGGCUUUUCAUCAUCUUCACUAUUCCAAAGUCAAGUGUCGAUCCAUUCAAUCCACGGGCCAGGAUUCGACCAGCGAACGUUGGGCAAAACAUCACUGUUGUUGGUUUCCUGCGCAAUAAGAAGCAGCUGAGUAAAGGACUCAUAUUUGCUAAAAUAUGUGCAGGGCCUUCAGCAGAUGCUGGUAUCCAAGUUAUAUUAAAGGACAGCUCCGAGGAAGGGAAGAUCGGAGAUUUCUUCAAAAGUAUCAAGGAACACAGCGCCGUGUCUGUGACAGGAGUUUUGCAGUACAAAGUCAAGAAGCCAGAAGUUACACCCGAAUCGCAGGUUUCCAUUUCCGAAGAGCUUUCUAGUUCGGUCGAAUCAAAUUAUUCUCCAUCAGACUUUGAGAUCCAUGCUGAAGACGUGAGAGUAAUUAAUUCAUUUCCCAAGGACAUUAUUGUUGGGCCUGCCCAGAAAUUUGGGCCCGAUUCAAGACAUCUUGAGAUUGAUAUGGAAAUGCCAUGGGCGGAUGGUCGACGUGUCAUGAGAGUUGUUCAAGGGCUUGUAAAACAAGUGCAUAGGGUGAUACAGGAUGAACAGAUUGGAGCUGACCACGUUCAAUUUAACUUCACACGCGAAAUUCCAAGAGUGACAUAUGAGGAAGCCAUGUCAAAGCAUGGAUCUGACAAACCUGAUCUCAGAAUUGUGGACCUGAUCCAUCGCGUGGAAUCGGUAAUUCCAGAAAACCUCAAGGGAAUGCUGACUUCAAUUGAAAACCCUAUAAUUGAAGCCUGUAAAUUCCGGCUUAGUGGAAAUCCUAGGAAGGUACAACAGUUCAUCCGCAACUUUAUGGACUCGCCAGAUGCCGAAUCAUUUCAGAAAAACCCUGAUGGCCCUCCCGGAAUAUUUGUUUUCGAUCCCAAGAGACCAUUAGAGGGUCUCCAAGCAUUUGGCUUUGAAGGUUCUGAGGCCUUGAAGCAUCUAUACUCUUCUCUUCAAUCCUCUUCACACAAAAUCAUUGACCCACGAGGACCGAACGCCGCAACCACUUUUGAUGAAGGAGAUUUACUUAUCCUUCAAGCGCGUCCCAAUGUGCGUCAUUCCGGUGGUUCUACUACUCUAGUCACUGCCGAUCACUAUGAUCUUGUUGUUAAUGGUGUCGAACUCGGCGGUGGCUCAAAACGUAUCCACUCAGCCGAGGUCCAAAAAUUCAUCAUGAAGAACGUAUUGAAAAUGAGUGACGAAAAAAUGUCAGAUUUCAAGCAUUUGUUUGAGGCUUUAAGAGCCGGUUGUCCAACACAUGCCGGGUUUGCUAUUGGAUUUGAUAGAUGGGUUGCAGUGUUGACAGGACGAGAGAGUGUAAGAGAUGUCAUAUUCUUUCCAAAAGGGAAUAGAGGUGAGGACGCUAUGGUAGGAAGCCCUGGGAUGAUCACGAAGGAGCAAGAAGAAACAUAUGGCUUGAGAUCCAGGUGA